AUGGAUCCACUACCUCCGACGACGCACUUUGACGACGACAAGAACAUCUACCAACCAGAGAAAGUCGAAAUCGCCUCCCUCUUCAUCUCCCUCCUCUGCAUCUCCGUCAUGUCCCUCCUCUUUGGGCGCAAGACCGCAGGGACCCGGAUAGGCAGCAUCAACUAUGCCCGAGGGCUCGUCAUCAUGCUCUACUUCCUCUCUUGGCUCUUCUCUGUCGUUGCCGCAAUGCUGGUCCAGACCAACAACAGGAACCAGACCUCCUGUACACUCUCUAUCCUUGUCUGCAUUGUCCUCUACGCGUCCUCUAAGGUUGUCAUCUACUUGUUCUUGACUGAACGCGUCUAUGUUGUGACGGCCCUCGGUGUCACCCGCUGGAACAGUCGGAUGUACAAGUUUAACCUAGCGCUGAUCUCCCCGUACCUAGGCAUCUUUGUCCUUGCGGUGUAUUUCCGCGUUGCCGAGAUCCAAUCAGAUGACGGACAUUGCAUGAUCGGCCUCAAGGCUGCGGCCUCGAUCCCAUUGAUUCUCUACGACACUUUUAUCUGCAGUUGGUUGACGGCUCUCUUUGUCCGCGCCCUGUUGUCCUCGACGUCGAUGCUUCAGGGCCCCACAAAGUCGCGGUUGAGGGAUGUUGCCCGGAGAACGUUUAUUGGUUCUGUCUUUGCUCUCAUCCUCUCCAGUGCCAAUGUUGCGAGUCUAGUGUACUUUGAAGGCAACCAGCGUGGAUUGUACUGUAUGGCGUCCUGUACCCUCGAUGUCACGCUCAACGCGAUCGUCAUCCAUUGGGUGACAUCCAGGACGGGGCGGUCUCGAUCUGAUAGAUAUCACGGUGGUGGAAACUCGAGGGGGCCAGCCUGUGGUGUUCAUCCUCACGGUGGAAACAAUGGCAACGGCAACCAGCAGUAUGCGAUGCAGGGGAUGGACAACUCUGUCGACCCCUUGGAGUCCCACAUCUCGGUCUCAAUCGAGUCCUACGUAGAAGACUAUCAUCGCAUGCAACUGUCGUCCAAACCUCCUCACCAAACCAGCGCCUACAGCCAUGUAGUCGAGUAG